AUGGAGGCUUACGAGCGCUACGACCACGGUGGUCUUUUGAACGACCGCUACUUGAAAGUAGCAGACAUUUCCGAAGGUUCGUAUGGUCUCGUCUCUUUAGCAAAGGACACAAAGGCCAACGAUACAUUGGUUGCUGUCAAGUACAUCUAUCCCGCUUCAUACACUCGAUCUAAAACUUUUAAAGAGCUUUCACAGGCAACAGGCCGUGCCACUUCUUCGCCGGCGAAACUCCGCUCAAACAAUGAGAAAAACCCACAAACAUCCUUGCUCAACUCAUUGUGGGAGGAAUCGGCAAAGGAAAUCCGCAUUCACAAGAUAUUGGGUACCCAUCCCAACAUCACGAGCCUUAUUGACCAUUUUGAUUCUUGCCUAGUUCUUGAAUACUGUGCACGUGGAGACUUGUAUGAGGCAAUCCAAAGCGAUACGGGUCCAUCAACUACGCAAGAUGUAAAGGACGUUUUCGGACAAAUCUUGCUGGCACUCGCUUUUUGUCACGGUAAGCUGGUGUUCCACCGGGACUUGAAGCCAGAAAACAUACUCAUCACCGAGGACUGGACUAUUAAAAUGUGCGAUUGGGGUCUUGCCACAACACAGCGCCGCGUGACAAAUAAGAGCGAAUUCGACGUAGGAUCCGAGCGUUACAUGGCACCAGAACUUUUCGACCCCGAGUUGGAGAGCUACGAUGCCGCCAAAGUGGAUCUUUGGUCCGUGGGGAUUAUCUUACUUACGCUUGUCUUCCACAAGAACCCAUUCAAAGCUGCAAACUACACGGACAAGCGGUUUCUCCAGUUUUCUGCUAACCGUGAGGCGUUGUUUGAUUUUUUCAGUACCAUGAGCAGCGACAUGUUUAGCGUUUUGCGCUUCUGUCUUACGCUUGACCCCGAAAACCGUGAUUUGGAAGCAUUGCGUGCUGAAGUGGAAAAGGUCAAGUUUUUCACCAUGGACGAGGAAUACUGGGCCGAACAUAGUGACGAAGAAGAAGACUACCGGUUUGAGGCCGAGGCUGAAGAUGAGCAAAAAGCGGAGUUAGCGGAGAAGACUAUCUCGUACCAGAAGCCGGUCGAAAUUGUGGAGCCGGAUGUAUUCGCAGAGCCAGUCGAUAUCGGCGGCGCGAACAUGUCGCCCCGUAUGCCGCCGCAAAUCACCGUUGGCGCGCUGCUCGACGCCGAUAUGCCCUACAAUCGUCGCGCGGAUGCGCUUCUUUCGCCCCACGCACAACCGAUUCCCAUCGGGCGCCUUCGCAACACACGGAAGCCCUUUGGUGUCGCAUCAUACACACGCACCAACAACAGCCACAGCAACAACGGCCGGUUCCGGCGCGAGGAUUUCUUUACUCCUCGCAGUGUCUUCAAUCACUACAUGGACAAGUACGGAGAGAAUAAGUACGGAGAGAACAAAUCCGGAGGAGAUAACCGGGACAAGGAGCGGCGCAGGCGGCGCAGUGGGAAACAGUCGUGGAAGAGGAAACCUGAAACGCGCAAACCGUGCAAGAAACGGCGGUCGCGGUACGAGAUGGCGCAGUCGGCACCGCACACAGGCGCGUACUUUGAAGCGCGCCAGCAUAGUCCGGCGCGAGGUAAAUACGUGCCGCCGUUCUUGCGUCUGCCUCGCUCGCCGCCCAUUGGCGCGCUCGCUGAAGAAAUCGACCACCUCUCGCUUGACGAUGACAUGUUUCAGUUGGAGGAUGUCGGAUACACCAACGGAGACGAAAAUACAAACGGUGCCCAUUCUGGCUUGAAUUACGGAUCGCAUCUCAGCUCGCAUUUCAACUCGCACGACAGUUCUCAUAUACGUUCGCAUGCCGGUUCCCAUGUGAGCUCGCAUGGGGCACCUAACCACACUAAUCUGCACACUUUCAAUUACGGCUCUACUGGUGCCGGUUUCAACGGCAGCGGCUCUCUGAGAAGCGGCAAUUUUGGCGCAAAUGUUGCCGCGGUAAACGGCGGACACGCCGGGCCUGGCGCGAAGUACGUUCCACCGUUUCGGCGUGGGUCGCACCCCAGCUUGCCCAAGCGCGCCCCACUUGCCCAGUUUGCGCGCAGUAUUCAGCAGACGCUCGACGAAGGAAGUCACAGCGUGCCUAGCGACCGGUGGAUGACGAAAAACUGGCCGGCGGCACGUGACUGA